UCUGUGGGAGGAAGGAAUUGUUCGGGGCGCCUCUGGGGAGGGGAAGAUUUUUUUUUUUGAGGGAAGGGGGUCCCUUUCCUUCGGCGAAGGCCCCUCAGGCAGCGCCCUGGGCAGCCCCGAGGCUGGGGCCUGCAGCGACCAGAGCGCGGCGGCGGCGGCGGCGGUGGCGAGAGCCGAGCCCGGGCCAGGGCGGAAGGGAGAGGGCAGCCGGCCGGCCGCCCCGGCCUCCCCUCCCCAGCCGCAGAUGAGCUGUGCAGGAUCUUCACUGGGAACCUCUUUGAGUCGGCAUCUCUGAAGAUGGCGAACUCGGUUGACUUUGUGGGCGUGCGUCUGAGCAGGGGCAAAGUGCCCGGUUGGAUGGAAGAGCAACAGCAUUGAAAGAUUACAGACCAGCCUUGGAUAUGAGUGAUUCUACCCUAGACGUGCUGUCAGUGAAUGACUUGGAAGAGACGUCCGUGGCAGCGCCAGCCCCGGGAAAUGGAGGGACUCCGUCCCUUGGCGUCAUCACGGAAGGUGUGGGUGAGCUGGCAGUCAUUGAUCCGGAGGUGGCCAAGAAAGCCUGCGAGGAGGUCCUGGAAAAGGUCAAGCAGAGGCACUGCGUCGCAAUGGAUGGGUCCAUCAAGCUGAAGGAUGGCGGCAGGGCAGUGGGCGGUCGCCGGCCUGGCCUGGCGUUGCCGAACGGCAACAUGGGGGAGUGCUGCGAGAUCAAGUGCUUGGACGAUCCGCCGGACAAGAUCCAGGAAGAGGACGAGCAUCUGUUCAACACGGUGAAGAGCGCCCGGCGACGCCAGAAGAACAACUCGGCCAAGCAGUCGUGGCUACUGCGGCUUUUUGAGUCGAAGCUCUUUGACAUCUCCAUGGCCAUUUCGUACCUCUACAACUCGAAGGAGCCCGGGGUGCAAGCCUACAUCGGCAACCGGCUGUUCUACUUCCGCAACGAGGACGUGGACUUCUACCUGCCUCAGCUGCUGAAUAUGUACAUCCACAUGGACGAGGACGUCGGGGAUGCCAUCAAGCCCUACAUUGUCCACCGGUGCCGUCAGAGCAUCAACUUUUCUCUCCAGUGCGCCCUGCUCUUGGGAGCGUACUCCUCGGACAUGCACAUCUCCACCCAGCGCCACUCCCGCGGGACCAAGCUGCGCAAGCUCAUCCUCUCUGACGAGCUCAAGCCGGCGCAUCGGAAGAGAGAACUGCCGUCUCUGAGCCCGGCGCCCGACACGGGACUCUCGCCUUCCAAAAGGACUCACCAGAGAUCCAAGUCGGACGCCACCGUCAGCGUCAGCCUCAGCAGCAACUUGAAGCGGACUGCCAGUAACCCCAAAGUCGAGAAUGACGACGAGGAGCUCUCCUCGAGUACGGAAAGUCUUGAUAGAUCCUUUUGCUCCCCCAUCCGACUGGCCCCGGAGAGAGAGUUCAUCAAGUCGCUGAUGGGCAUCGGGAAGCGCCUGACGACGCUGCCCACCAAGGAGCAGAAGACGCAGCGCCUCAUCUCGGAGCUCUCGCUGCUGAAUCACAAGCUGCCGGCCCGCGUCUGGCUCCCCACCGCUGGCUUUGACCACCAUGUGGUGCGGGUCCCGCACACCCAGGCUGUGGUGCUGAACUCCAAGGACAAGGCUCCGUAUCUAAUCUACGUGGAAGUACUUGAAUGUGAAAACUUCGACACCACUAAUGUUCCAGCCCGGAUCCCGGAAAACCGCAUCCGUAGCACGAGGUCUGUGGAGAACCUUCCGGAAUGCGGGAUCACCCACGAGCAGCGGGCCAGUAGUUUCACCACCGUUCCCAACUACGACAACGAUGACGAGGCCUGGUCUGUGGACGACAUUGUGGAGCUGCAGGUGGAGCUUCCAGAAGUACAUACCAACAGCUGUGACAACAUCUCCCAGUUUUCUGUGGACAGCAUCACCAGCCAGGAGAGCAAAGAGCCCGUCUUUAUAGCUGCUGGAGACAUCAGGCGGCGCCUCUCGGAGCAGCUUGCCCAUACUCCCACCUCCUUCAAGAGGGACCCUGAGGAUCCGUCUGCCGUUGCCCUGAAGGAGCCAUGGCAGGAGAAAGUCAGGCGGAUCCGGGAGGGUUCCCCGUACGGCCACCUCCCCAACUGGCGCCUUCUCUCUGUGAUUGUGAAAUGUGGGGAUGAUCUCCGCCAAGAGCUGCUGGCAUUCCAGGUCCUCAAGCAGCUGCAGUCCAUCUGGGAGCAGGAGCGCGUCCCCCUGUGGAUCAAGCCAUACAAAAUCCUCGUCAUCUCGGCGGACAGCGGCAUGAUCGAGCCCGUGGUCAACGCCGUGUCCAUCCACCAGGUGAAGAAGCAGUCCCAGCUCUCGCUGCUGGACUACUUCCUGCAGGAGCACGGCAGCUACACCACCGAGGCCUUCCUGACUGCCCAGCGCAACUUCGUGCAGAGCUGUGCCGGCUACUGCCUUGUCUGCUACCUGCUGCAGGUCAAGGACAGGCACAAUGGCAACAUCUUGCUGGAUGCCGACGGACACAUCAUCCACAUCGACUUCGGGUUCAUCCUCUCCAGCUCCCCCCGGAAUCUCGGCUUUGAGACCUCUGCCUUCAAGCUCACCACAGAGUUUGUUGAUGUCAUGGGAGGCUUGGACGGCGACAUGUUCAACUACUACAAAAUGCUGAUGCUGCAGGGCCUCAUUGCUGCUCGGAAGCACAUGGAUAAAGUGGCGCAGAUUGUGGAGAUCAUGCAGCAAGGUUCCCAGCUGCCCUGCUUCCACGGCUCCAGCACCAUCCGGAACCUGAAGGAACGUUUCCACAUGAACAUGACGGAGGAGCAGCUGCAGGUGCUGAUCGAGCAGAUGGUGGACGGCAGCAUGCGCUCCCUCACCACCAAGCUCUACGACGGCUUCCAGUACCUCACCAACGGCAUCAUGUGACCGCCCGCCUCCCCCCCCCCCGCCCUGGGCUCCGGGGUCCGUGUCGAGCCAGAGAGGGAAAGGAGUUCUCCUCGCCCGCUGAGGGGUGCCGGCUCGCGGGCCUUUUUAAGCGGGCGCCAUUUUUACCGGAUUCUUGUAGACCCCAGUGGGGACGGGGGAAAACUGACCCCUGACCAGUAGGAACAUUUUUCCUGUGAAGCGCGAAGGAUCAUGUGGGAAACUCUUGACAUUCUCCUUUUAAAGCAACGAGCAAGGACGGAGCCAUCGCUCUCUGGAUGUCUGAAAACCAUGUUGUGUGUCUGUGUUUGUCUCGCCCUCCUUUCUCCAGCUCUUUAUUUCAGUAUUAUACCUCUUUGAUCAUCCUGUGAAGUCUCUCCCAACAGCCUGGCAAACGUUGAUGGGUCGGGGUGGGGGUGGGGAGAGUAUAUGUGGGAGAGGGGGGUGCUUAGCUUCGCAGCCAGCCCCAGCCCUCCCUCAUGGCCCCACCAACGCCGUUGAGCUGACUUUCCCUCCUCCCUGUGCAUGUUUUAGUUUGCAUUUGGCAAGAUGGUUCCCUACCUGUCCCCCCACCCCGCCCCCGCAAUUUCUUUCCUCUUGCACAUUUUAAUGCAAAGUUAGAUUGCCCAGGGAACUUUUUUGGAUACUUGGUGGUUCCCUCAGCCAUCUUUGCUCUCCUUGAACUUCUGGGGUUUGUGGCACUGUGUGUCACUUUCCAUAGAAACUCCCCAGAGGUUUUGUAUUGCACCUUAAAUGUUUUUUUUGGAGACACAAUUCAUGGUUUGGCUCUUCUGCGAUAAUCUUUGAUUUGGUUAACGGUGUUUGAUCUGUGCUGCAUCAAAACAGUCAUCUUGUGUUUGGCCCAGGUGACAGUCAAACAGGACAGAAGUCACAGAAAAGCCACGUGUGGGUGCUACCCCCUUCUUUCUGACCCUUCAAUCACCUUUGGUGCGUUUGUUCAGCCAGUUACUAAUCUUCUGAUCGGGCCACCCACCACAACUCUCACACAGGCACACUAAAUAGAGCAUUUCCCUGGCCUUUUUUGCUCUCUCUUGGCAACGGUCACCCCAGUUUGCAGCUCCCAGUGGAGUAGAGCCGCAAUAUAGAACGAUGUUCCCACCUCUUCCCAUCUGGCUGCUAGGCAGAUCGAGGGCUGCCUUCCUCCCUUAGCAGAAUUGGGCCCGCCUGUCCCUUCGAUGCUCGCUGCGUCUUGGCCCGAGUCUUCGUUGCACCCGUGAGUAUCUUUGAGCCUGGCAACUAUGUAAAGGAUCAGCCUUGACGCGGCUCCUAAAAAACAUGAAGGCUUGUGAUAGGAAUUUCAGAAAUAACUCGGCUGCCGGGAUGGCUCCUCUUUUCUCUCUACCCAACCCGUGACCCAUGUUUGGCUGGUUCUCAACCCACCGAUAAAGUUACAACAUUCUUGGUUCUCUCCGAGCGAAGCUGAAGCAUGUCCAUGCAUGCAGAACACGCGUUUUCUGUCCCUCGCUUUUGGAGGCACAAGCCAUGCCAUGAGGUCUGUGUGCGCGGCGUCUGUGUGGGUUUGUCCCGUUCCUUUUGGGUUUUUUUUUCUGUUGCAUGCUCUGCCCCCAACUCCUUUUGUGUGUGUUUAGGGUUGUGUGUGUGUGUUUUUACUUCAUCUCUUUUUUUAAGACGGUGAUUAGGACCCCCCCCCCCAGAUCUGUAGCCCAAGGAAGGCUGCUCACAGUACAAGGAGGGCACGCCAGUUGCAGAACCAGUCCUUGGGAGCCAGUCUGCCAGUACUUUGGAGGAGGGAAAUGAAGAUGGGGGUGGAAGCUGCUGGGUGAAAUGACAAGGAAAGACAGAUGGCCCAGUACAUUCCUUACCAGCGUGUGUCUCUCUUUUUUUUUUUAACUGAGUCCCGUAGAGAAUGUGAGAUUUGCAAGGUAGUGCCUGCAGAAGGCAGAGGCAGCUAUGCUAGCUUGUCAGUGAAAUCGUUUAGACACCUGCAGGCUCUGCUGUCCUCUCAGGGCGUUUCUUGAAGUCUGAGACUUUGUGAUUUGCUCUCUGGCCUUUUUUGACCUUCUCAAAAGACUCGUUCAGCCGGCCGCCUGGGGACAGCAGCAGCAGGGGGCUUGCGUGCCUCUUCCUUAGGGGCGCUCAGCGCCCUUGAUGCUCUGGCUGGCUGUGUCUGUCUUGUCCCCAUGUUCCCCCUUGCAGGGGAUCCUUUAGGGGUGAUGUUGUCCUACUCUGGGUCAGCCACACUUGUGGGAAAAGGGAGCCAAGCACAGGGUGGUCAUGAACGGGAAGGGCGGGCAGGGGGAGAGGGAUAAGCCCCGCAGUCAGCAGGGUCGCCGUUUUGCAGAGCUGAGGGGGUCCUCGGGAGAGAGCAGCUGAGAUCUGUUGGCUGUCAUGGAAGGGGAAUUGCUGCACUUCUCUUAAGUUGGGGCAUAAUGAUGGGGGGGGGAGGGAGAGAAUUGAAAGAAGGAGGAGCCCUUUCCAACUCCAGUUUCUGGUAAGCCAGUGGGCCAUGCAAAAUUGAGUGUCAAGCUCUUAUCUGCCUGGUGUACAUGACACAGCUAUCCCACCCUCUAGUCUCCUCAUGGUGCGUGUGUGUGUGUGUGUGGGGGGGUUACGUCGCAGUAUCUGGCUGAAACAGAACCGCCGCCUCCUCUUGCAUUGGGGCCAGUUCACAAAGGAUGCAGGGAGCGAACCUGUGCAUGGGCAGAAGCACCCAGGUGACUGUAGCACUCUCCGCUUCUGGUAGCUGCUACAGGCACCCAUGACCCGGUCCUUGCCGACCUUCACUGGCUCCUUUUUCACCACCUGCAUGCGCUGACCGACAUCUCGGAGCAACAGAGGCCAUCAGCUGGUGAUGUGGUGGAAAGGAGUUUUGGUGGGGUCAUGCCGGAGGGCACCUCUGAACCCUUCCGGUAAUAUCCUAGGUAGGGUUUUGUGGGAGUGGAGUUAGCUGAACAGCCUUCGGGGGGGGGGGCGCAGCAGGGCGUCAGAGGAAGAGCUUAGACCGGGCAGCUUGCGGGUGGCAGUGAAGGUCGGGGAUGGGCCAAUGGCUGCCAUUUCCCUUGUGAAGAACAGGCCCGGGAAGCAGCUGCCAGGCUCAGAAUGGGUGGCGGCGGUGGCGGAGGGCCACUCGGCCUCAUUGAAAUUGUCCUCUUGUUUUUCCUUGUUCUCAACACAUUCGUGCACGUCCGUUCUCCCCCCCCCCCCACUCUGUGUGUGUGCGUGCGUGUGCUGGGGGUGGGUGGGAUGUGUGAGUAUCUGUUUUUUCUUUCCCUAUUCAGUAAGGAUGGGCCAAACUCCAAAAUAAAGUCUAUGAAAUGAACUUACAUUUCUAAUAAAAAAAGUCUC